AUGAGUAGGCCACGCUACUUAACAGACACAGAACGUGCAAAAGUUCUCGAAUUCUCCGACCAAAUUCAUUACAGCCCCCACUACAAAGAUGACACCAACGAGUACAGGCACGUGAUGCUCCCCAAAGCCAUGCUCAAGGCCAUUCCACAAGACUAUUUCAAUCCAGAGACUGGCACAUUACGGAUCUUGUUGGAAGAGGAGUGGCGAGGCCUCGGAAUCAUCCAGUCAUUGGGUUGGGCUCACUAUGAGACACACGCGCCGGAGCCCCACAUUUUGCUAUUCAAACGUGCCAUUAACUUUGGCCAGUGA